UUCUCCGAGACCCCGCCCCUCCCCCGCCGUCACCUGCCGUUCCCGGGAACCCGCCCGCCUCGGUUCCCGCUGACCGGCCGGACCCUUCCGCCGGCUGCACCGAGCGCCCCGUGAGAGUUGCCGCGGCUCGGGGGGCGUCAUGGCCUUCAACUUCGGGGCUCCCGCGGGCGGCACGGCCACGGCCGCCACCCCCGCCGCCCCCGCGGGUACCUUUGGAGGGUUUGGGACGACCACCACAACAGCGAGUUCUGCAUUCAGCUUUUCUGCUCCCACUAACACUGGCACAACUGGUCUCUUUGGUGCUACUCAGAACAAAGGUUUUGGAUUUGGUACUAGUGGUUUUGGUACAGCGACAGGAACCGGUGCUGGUCUGGGAGCCGGGCUAGGAUUUGGGACAUUCAAUACACAGCAGACUCAGAGUACUUUAGGUGGUCUCUUCAGUCAGCCCACCCAACCCCCUGUCCAGUCUAACCAGCUGAUCAAUACAGCAAGCGCUCUUUCUGCCCCAACACUACUGGGAGACGAGAGAGAUGCUAUUUUGGCAAAAUGGAAUCAGCUCCAGGCCUUCUGGGGAACGGGCAAAGGCUACUUCAACAAUAACAUUCCACCUGUGGAGUUCACCCAGGAAAAUCCCUUCUGCAGAUUUAAGGCGGUGGGUUACAGCUGCAUGCCCAACAAUAAGGAUGAAGAUGGCCUGGUGGUUUUAAUUUUCAAUAGGAAGGAAGCAGACAUCCGAAGCCAGCAACAGCAACUAAUAGAAUCAUUCCAUAAAAUUUUGGGAGGAAACCAGACCCUUACUGUCAAUGUGGAAGGUGUGAAAACGUUGCCAGAUGACCAGACAGAAGUUGUCAUAUAUGUUGUUGAACGUUCUCCAAAUGGCACAUCACGCCGAGUUCCAUCUACGACACUGUAUGCCCAUUUUGAACAAGCGAAUAUAAAAACUUCAUUACAGCAACUUGGAGUUACCCUUUCUAUGACUAGAACAGAGCUUUCCCCUGCCCAGAUCAAGCAGCUUUUACAGAAUCCUCCUGCUGGUGUUGAUCCAAUUAUCUGGGAACAGGCCAAAGUGGAUAACCCUGAUUCUGAAAAGCUAAUUCCUGUGCCGAUGGUGGGUUUCAAAGAACUCCUCCGAAGACUGAAGGUCCAGGAUCAGAUGACAAAGCAGCAUCAGACCAGAUUAGAUAUUAUAUCUGAAGAUAUCAGUGAGUUACAAAAGAAUCAGACUACCACUUUGGCUAAAAUUGCGCAGUACAAGAGGAAACUCAUGGAGCUUUCCCAUAGGACCUUGCAGGUUUUGAUUAAGCAGGAAAUCCAGAGGAAGAGUGGCUACGCCAUCCAGGCUGAUGAGGAGCAGCUGCGAGUCCAGCUUGAUACCAUUCAGUGUGAACUAAACGCGCCUACGCAGUUCAAGGGUCGACUGAAUGAGUUGAUGUCCCAAAUCAGGAUGCAGAAUCACUUUGGAGCUGUGAAAUCUGAAGAGCGGUAUUAUGUAGAUGCAGAUCUUCUACGUGAAAUCAAGCAGCAUUUGAAACAGCAACAGGAAGGCCUCAGCCACUUGAUUAGCAUCAUCAAAGAUGAUCUGGAGGACAUAAAGUUGAUAGAACACGGGUUGAAUGAGAACAUCCACAUCAGAGGAGGCGUCUUCAGUUGA